AUGGGCCAGCCCAGCAUCCCAGAGCAGCGGGUCUGCAAGGCGAGCUUGAACCUGCACCAGCCAGAGAUCACAGGCAGGGAAAUCCUGAAGGCUGCCAGGGGCAAACAGGACACGUUGGAGUGGCUGGAAGGGGCUGAGCACAGACAAACCUAUGGCAACACUAGGGAACCUCUCCUUGAAAACCUGACCAGUGAGUAUGACUUGAAGCUUUUCCGGAGAGCACAAGCACGGGCAUCUGAGGACGUGGUGAGACUUCUGACUCCUAUUAUACCUGAUAGCAAAGGAAAUAAGCUUGAAGUGGCAAGGAGCUUCCAUUGCUACCACUCCCCCUACCCAGAGGAGUAUGCUUGCCUGGGCCGUCUCUACAUGUGUGAAUUCUGCCUCAAGUACAGGAAGAGCCAGACAAUACUUCGCAGGCACAUGGCAAAAUGUGUUUGGAAACACCCACCGGGUGAUGAAAUCUACCGGAAAGGCUCCAUCUCAGUGUUUGAAGUGGAUGGGCAGAAGAACAAGAUCUACUGUCAAAACCUGUGUCUGCUGGCAAAACUUUUCUUGGACCAUAAAACACUGUAUUAUGAUGUUGAACCCUUCCUCUUCUAUGUCAUGACAGAAGCUGACAACACUGGCUGUCACCUGAUAGGUUAUUUCUCCAAGAAGAAUUCUUUUCUCAGCUACAAUGUUUCUUGUAUCCUGACAAUGCCCCAGUACAUGAGGCAAGGUUAUGGCAAGAUGCUCAUUGACUUCAGCUAUUUGCUUUCUAAAGUAGAAGAAAAAGUUGGCUCUCCAGAACGUCCUCUGUCUGAUUUAGGGCUCAUCAGCUACAGGAGCUACUGGAAGGAAGUUCUUCUUCGUUACCUGCAUAAUUUCCAAGGAAAAGAGAUUUCUAUCAAAGAAAUCAGCCAGGAGACUGCAGUGCAUCCUGUUGACAUUGUUAGCACCUUGCAGGCACUUCAGAUGCUCAAGUACUGGAAGGGAAAACACCUGGUCCUGAAAAGACAGGAUCUGAUUGAUGAAUGGAGAGCCAAAGAGGCUAAAAGAUCCAACAGCAAUAAGAUCAUGGAUCCCAGCUGAUUGAAAUGGACAAGUUCCCUUCCAUCAGUGACUUCAUAA